AUGUUGUAUCUCAGAACCCGUGGAGCCAACUUCGGGGCCGCAGGCUACGAUGUCGUCGUGAACACCCCGCUCGGCAAGCUCGGUGUCCGUACCGAGCUCGGCUUCCAGUUCCGCGCGCCGUGGUCCGGGGUGCGCAACGCGACCGUGGCGCCCUUCACCUGCCCGCAGCCGACCCAGAACAACGGCGCGUGGGCCGAGGACUGCCUCUACGCCAGCGUCUACGUGCCCCUCUCGUUCGAGCGCGACCGCCGGGCCAAGCGCGACGUGGUGGUGUUCUGGCACGGCGGCGCAUUCCGAGGUGGUGGCCAGUUGAACUUCAUCGGCGACCGCCUGGCCAACCGGACACCAACGCCAUCGUGGUGCCUCAGGACCGGUUGGGCAUCGUCGGCCUGCUGGGCCACGCCGCGUUCCAGGCCGAGUCGUACCAUCGGCAACUACAACCUCAUGGACCAGCGCCAGGCCCUGCUCUGGGUGCGCGACAACAUCCGCGCGCUCGUCGGCGACCCGCGGUCCGUGACCAUCACCGGUCAGUCGGCCGGUGCCAUCUCGGUGGCCAUCCACACCGUGUCGCCCGCCAGCGACGGCCUCUACCACCGCGCCACCAGCCAGUCGGGCGUCGGCAACUCCGCCAAGCUGCUCGAGCCCGUCAGCUGGAUCACCGACACCAUGCAGAAGGUGGUCGACGCCCUGGGCUGA